UCAACGAUAUGCCUGUCUGUCAUGUCUAAAAUACUCAGAGGGGUAUUCAUCGUUUUCGUAGUACUCUCUUUGGGUACCUCCGCUUUAGUGAUUACCCUUAGUUUGUACGAAAUGUAUUUAGAUCAACAAGCACAUUCAGAUGAAGGAAAGACUGUCGUCGUCACACAUUUAUUUAUAUCCUUGAUAAUGGGUGCUUCCUGCAAUACCUUGAUCGUGGGUCAUGUGGUUUACAUCACGUACUACGUGCUCAAAGGCUACAGAUACAAGUGGUUCAUAAGUUUGCACUAUUUCUGCUAUGUGCUAUUAGAAAUUAUUUCAGUCGUUUGCACCAUGGGUAAGUUUGAUUAUCUAACGUAUCCCUUGCUACUGCACAGCAUGACCGGGGUCCUGGCAGUGUUCCUCUUCUUUUUCAAUUAUUUCUCGGUCCAAAUACAUCAAGAUCUAGAGGACUUGAUAAAGGAGAACAAGGAGAAGGAGCGAAAUCUGAAAGCAUAUGUUCGUGCAAGAAAAGGAAAAGAGCCUUGCGUACGAAUUAGUCUAAAAAGUGGAGAUGACAUUGAGGCGGGGACCUCAUCAGUUAACUCUGGGAAGAAAGGAUUUAAAAAAUGAGUGCAUUUGUAAUUUUAGGCUGGUGAUUUUGUUAAAAAUUGUGUUUUCGUUAAUUAUAGAGUU